AUGCUUCAUUCUCGGCUUUACACGCUCAUUGGAGCGAUCAACCUCAUGUUGCUAUCAUUUCUGUUGUUUGUCCCUACAGAAUCAUCAGCAGCGCCCAGUCCAAGUCCAAGUCCAAGUCCAAGUCCAAUUCCAAUCGUUAGUGAUAUGGAUAAUAUUGGCGCUAUGGAUAGUGGGACUGCAGAUCUAGAGAAUUUGAAUAUGCAAUUAUCCUCUGCCCCUUCUACUUCAAACCUACUAUUACCUCCACCACCCGUCGUCCCUCAACAAGAUGUUCAGAUCGAAAGCCAAACAGAUAUCAUCUCUACAACAGGUGUCUUUCCAAAGCUUAUAUUCCGCCCUGCCGUCCAGCUUUUCGAUCCCAUGGUCACUCAUUACCAAAACAGCAACAAUAUCCCUUUCUCUUUCCCUCUCCCUCUUCCUUUCCCUUUCAGUAAUAGCGCCGCUGCUCCAGCCAUUGCUUACAACGAUGAUCUGGAUGAUCCAACAAACGAUUUCUAUCUUUCUUCUGCUCCUCCUUCUCUUCCUCCUACAAGCUUUCGAAAACGCCAAUUAGGCCCUGCAUCUGGCCCAGAUCCUGCAGGCGUGAUCGGAUCUUCGAGCAGCGUCUCAGUCGACACAUUGAUCAAACCCAUUGUGACAGUUCAACCCCACGCGCUACAACCAGUCGCUGUCCCUGUAAGUCAACCUUAUAACUAUCCUGUUCCUGUGGGUGUUCCCGUCCCUUGGUCCUGUGGAACCAAAGCAGGAGCCGGGUGUGGCACCAGGUGUGGAACUGGGUGCGGAAUCGGAGGUGGAACAUGGGCUUCAGUCGGUGGCAACAACCAUUGGCGCAAUUGGGGAGACAGUAUGUGCACCUGGGGGGACAAUUGGGGCUGUUAA